CCGCAGCUGGAAAAGAAAUUCUCCGGUUUCGCUGAGAAGAACCUGAACAUAGAGGCACUUGUGGAGAAAUUCCGAGAUUUCCUGGUGCUCGAGGUUCCUUUGACAACACAGAUGAUGCUGGACCCAGAGACAGCCAAUGCCAGGCUUUAUCUCUCGAAAGACUGCAAGCUUGUGGGGUACGAAUUCGAUAAGCAGGACCUGCCCUCCAACCCGAGGAGGUUCUCAGUCUAUCCCUGCGUGCUGGGCUCGAGAGGCUUCACAUCGGGGUGGCACCACUGGGACGUGGAGGUCCACAGAGAAGACUUUUGGGCCAUUGGUGUUGCCAAGGAGCUUGUUCCAAGGGACCGUUGGUUGUGCCUGAAUCCCAAUGAGGGGAUAUGGGCUCUGUGUCAUAACCUAAAUGGGUACAGGGCUCUGACCUCUCCUGCUCGCACCCCCUUGACUCUAUGCAGUGUCCCCAAGCGGAUACGAAUCUACUUGGACUAUGAGAAAGGGAGGGUGGUGUUUUUUGAUGCUGAGAGCAAAGAACGGAUCUUUGCUUUUCCACCGGCAUCUUUUCAGGGGCAGAGAGUCUUCCCGUGGUUCAUGGUGAUGUUUGAUGCUCAUCUCAAACUUCUUCCCUAAGGCACAGGACAAGAAAAAACCCAACCCCCAAAGCCCUCGAGUUACCCUUGGGAAAGAAACCAGGGGCUGGGUUUUGUCCCAAUCCCACCAAAGGGACAGGAAAGGGGAGU